AUGGACGAAAACUGUCCACCAAAAGUGCAAGAGCCAUUAAAACCAAACACCGUACAAGCUCAGAUGCCACAUAUGGAUUUGAAUUUGACUCAGCAUGGACAUCUUGAGGCGCGCUCGAUUCGAACAGAUGAGACACAUGCGGCUGCAAAAGAUCGCGAAGAGACUACAAGGACCAAAGAACCUGCCUUAGAGGUGGCGAAAGAGUCGCUGGACAUCACUUCUGGUGCGACUACUGGCAACGUCAGUCUCCAAAACACCAUAGGGGACACAAACACUGGCAGCGCAAACUCCGGCAUCGAUUUUAGAGGGUCUGGAUCUGCAAGAAUUGAUGGAAAGACUGGCGAUAUCACCGCGAAGUAA